AUGACAACAGAGAGACGGCACAUCCCGUAUCUCUCAUUUCACAAGAAUAUUAUUCGCGAGCUCUGCCGGCCACAGAAGGAUGACCUCCUCAUCAUUGCCAAGGGUCUGGGCCUCCGACGAGUCGUAUGCGCUCUGCUCAAGACGUACGACAGGAAAGAGGACCUGGUCAUUGUAAUCAAUGCCAGAGGCGAAGACGAAGCCGGCAUUGGAGACGAGCUGGGCAUCAUGGGCGUGCGUGAGCCUGGCUUUAGGAUCCUAACGUACGAAAUGGGUGUCAAGGAGCGCGAGGAGAAGUAUCGUCACGGCGGCCUGUUCUCUGUUACGUCCAAGAUCCUCGUCAAUGACCUUUUGAAGGGCAAUGUACCAGUCGAUCUCAUAACAGGCAUUGUGGUGCUGCAUGCCGAGACUGUCAAGCAAGGUAGCCUCGAGGAGUUUGCCAUCAGACUGUACCGCCGCAAGAACCAGACUGGCUUUUGCAAGGCGUUCUCCGACGAGCCUGAAAUAUUUUCCCACGGUCUCAGCCCGCUCAAGGACAUGCUCAUCAACUUGAACAUGAACAGCGUCAUGAUCUGGCCUCGUUACAAUGAGGCAGUCAAGACAGCCCUCACCACGCGUCAAGCUGAGGUUGUCGAGAUGUACCAGCCCAUGACAGACCUCAUGCGCCAAUGUCAAGACGCCAUCACCGAGUGCAUGGAGGCCAUGCUGGUGGAGCUCAAAAGGGACCACUCUCUGAACCUCGAUCUCGAAGACUUGACAGUCCGCAAUGCCCAGUUCAAGAACUUUGACACGAUCGUGUUCCUGCGUCUUCGACCCGUGUGGCACAAGGUUGGGAUGAAGACCAAGAUCCACGUACAGGCGCUUGCCGAGCUCCGUGAUCUGCAAACGUGGCUUCUCGAGUACGACUGUGCCACAUUUGCAGCGUACAUCAACACUCUUCAGCGUCAACACUUCAUGGCUCAGAAGAAGACGAGCGGACCCGGUCAAUACCUGCAUGAUUGGUUCAACGCCAAAGCCGCGUCUGCACUCGUCGAGGGAUCUCAGCUGCGCGUGUCAAGACCCAAGGUCACAAUGGAAGGCACAGCCAGCACGGAGAUCCCAGACGGCGAGCGACACGACGAGGCAGAAGAGUUUGACGAGGACAUGGAGGCAUUGCGAGACCUUGAGGAUAGGCGAGACGAGACAAUUGGCGGCCAACCCACCCUGGAAGACGACGGCGACGCGGUGAUGGAGAUUUUCGCCACCCAGGGCGAGGCGGUUCCAGCAAACCGCAACCGCGAGCCCGCGGCUGAAGAUGAGGACGACGUGCUCCAAGAAGUAGCAAUGGCGCCACCCAUCUUCCGCCCUGUGACGUUUGGCUCCAACACCGACCUCAGUUCUCGUGUCAGCCGUCGGAUACGUGAGGGUCACGAGGUUGUUCUGGAAGAGCAACCCAAGUGGGCCCUUCUGGCCCGUGUUCUCAAGGAGAUUGAGGAUACAAUUGCUCGCGUCGCCGAUACCCAUGCCGACCAACCGGGAACCAACACUGUGCUCGUCAUGUGCUCUUCAGAUCUCACCUGCCUCCAGCUGAGACAGUACCUGACCACGAUGACACCGACCGACCCCGCGUUCGGACCCAAGGCGGGUCGCAAGAUGAUGGAGACUCUCUUUCUCAGCAACUGGCAGCACGAGAAGAACGGCUCGUACCUCUCCAAUCCCAACCGCUACGUGAAUGGCGCCGCUGCGGACCAGGUCCAGGCUGCCACGUCUGGUAUGGAGAAGAAGCGCAUCGAGGAGGCACAGCGUCGACGCGGUGGUGCACCGUCGUACAAGCGGAGACGAGUUCGAGCUGGCGCACCCAUCAACGCCACUGGACGCAUAUUGGCGUCUAAGGAAGCCACUCUCAAGGAGAUGUCGGCUUUCGGUGGCGGCAACGUGGACAUGGAGGACUUGCAGAUGCAGUGGGCCGUUGGAGAGAGCCUGCGGACGAUACCUCAGAACUUUGACGACGAGCCACUCGUGUCGAUGGAGGACAACGAGGCUGGUCCCUCAACAGCCCAACCGGCACCGCCCAUGAGUCGUGGCGACGAGGACGACACUAUCGUCAUGCUGGAAGAUGAUGACUCAUCCCCACCGGCCAAGAACGGUGGUGCCACUACUUCAGUGCCCCAAAAGCGUCGUGAUCCACCACCUGCACCAGACCCUUCGGCCUUUUCCAACCUCUUGCUUGCCAGUGCUGGAAUCCUUGACGAAGGCGAUCUCUCGCACCGCGACUGGAUGACACAGCAGGGCUGGGCCGAGAACUGGGACGACGACUUUGGCCUGCUCGCGCCAGAGGACGAGGUCAUUGUUCGGCCAUACGGCGGCGAUGAUGACGACAUUAUGCUCCAGGAACUACGACCUCGGUUCGUAAUCAUGUACGAACCGAACCUGGCGUUUAUUCGUCGCCUCGAGGUCUACAAGAACUGCAACCCAGGUCUGGCACUGCGCGUGUACCAGAUGACGUACACGAACAGUUUCGAAGAAGAUCGGUUCUUGGCCGCCACGGCCAGGGAGGCGGAUGCGUUCAAGAAGCUGAUUGAGGACCGCGGGGGUAUGGUUAUUCCGAUCUAUAACAACGACCCCAGAGCGUCUAUGCGCGACAAUGUCGCUCGGCCUCGGACUACCUAUUCGACCCGUAACGCGGGCGGCGGCGAUGGGGGAGCCGAGCAGCCACGGAUCAUUGUUGACAUUCGCGAACUGGGUGCGCUGCUGCCUUCCUUGAUCGACGCGCAUGGCAUCCAGGUCGUCCCGGCCACCUUGACCGUGGGCGACUAUAUCCUCUCGCCCAAGAUGUGUGUUGAGCGUAAAGCUCUGCCUGAUCUCGAACAGUCUCUGGCCAAUGGUCGCCUACACACACAAUGUGAGGCAAUGUCGGCACACUACGAGACGCACAUUCUCCUCAUCGAGUUUGAAGAGGACAAGUUUGGGAUGAGGACUGUUGCGGAUGCGAAGCGCGAGGCUGCUGGCCGAGGAGGAGGCAACGAAACGGACGGCUUCCAGGAUACCUUUUACCUGCAGUCCAAGCUUGCGCUGCUUGUGCUGCAUUUCCCUCGGUUGCGUAUCAUCUGGUCGUCGUCACCUCAUGAGUCGGUCAAGAUCCUGUCCGACCUGAAGCUCAACCACGACGAGCCGGACGAGGUGGCUGCGAUCCUCAAGGGCAACACGGAUGACCCAGACGCCCUGAAGCCACAGGUCGAGAAUGCCGGGGCCGUCGAGAUGCUGCGGGCGAUCCCGGGUGUGUCGAGCCACAACUAUCGCCAUGUCAUGUCCAACGUGGGCAGCAUCAAGGAACUGGCCGAGCUCAGCGAGGACGAGCUCAAGAAGAUCCUGGGCAACGAUAAGGGCGCGCAAGCGUACAACUUUAUGCGCCGCGAUGUCCGUGCCACACGGUAUACAUUGUAG